AUGUCAAAUCAAGACAUUUCCAACUCAGAUUUCGAUGUCAAUAUUCUUCAUGAUCCAUUGAUAGAUCCCAAUGUCGAUUUGAAAUUUCCUCUUCCAAUUGACAAGGAAACUUAUAUCAAUGUCGAUGGUAAUGUGAAAACUUUACAUCAAUCAUUUAAUCUUUUAAAUCUGGCAUUUAGAUUAAUUACUGGUGGGUCCAAAUAUGACAAGAUUUAUUCUGUUCCUGAGUAUCGUUAUUUCACCAAUAAACAUUCUGAUGAAUUUAGACAAAAAUUCAAAAAUUAUAUGAAUAAUAAAUUGGAAAAAGAUGACACCAAAUUAGAUGAAAUAAUUUAUGAUUUAAUCAAUCAAGAAUUGAGUUUAAAAUUAAUUAAGGCUAAUCAAUUCAAAGAAAGAUUCCAACAAGUGAAACAAUAUAUGGUUGAAUAUUAUAAACAGCAAAAUGAAAAAAAUUUACCUACUUUCCCAUCUCAUAAUUUUAUUCGAUCAGCUUAUGUCACAGUAAUGACAAUAAUGCAAAAAUUGUUCCCCAAGGGGAUUUGGGUAUCAAAUCAAGAUAUGUCAGAUUUGUAUCAAAAAUAUCUUGAUGAUCCCAUGUCAAUUAUUUUUUUACCGUCACACCAAUCCCAUUUGGACUACAUAAUUGUGCAUUUGAUUUGUGUUCGGUUCCAAAUGGCCACUCCAUCGGUAAUUGCCGGAGAAAACUUGAAUGUAGCUGUACUUGGAGGUCUUUUGAAAAACUUGGGGGCGAUUUUCAUUCCUCGUUCAUUCAAUAAUGAAGCAUACACCGAAAGAAAUUUAAAUAAUGUUAUUGAAUUUAUCUUGGUUAAUAAAAUUCCAUUUGAAGUGUUUAUUGAAGGUACUAGAUCAAGAGAUGGGAAAUUAUUAUUGCCCAAAUAUGGUAUUUUGAAAUCAUUAUGUUCGAUAUAUUUGAAACAACGUAAUGAAGAGAAAAAUUCUGAUUUCAAUUUAUUGUUUCAACCAAUUUCUGUCACUUAUGAACGUGUUUAUGAAAAUGACGCGUUUUUAAAAGAAUUAAAAGGUGAUGACAAGACCCAAGAAAGUUUAUUUGGAACUAUAUCGGUGGCAACAAGUGCUUUCUUUGUUAAGAAGGAAGAUAAAGUCAUUUAUGAUAAAAACGGGUGGAACGAUAACAGUGAAAGAACGUUAACGGGGAAAAUUUUCGUCAAAUUGGGAGAAAGUUUUAAAAUAUCUGAAUUUGUUGAUGAUCAAAAUGAGGUUGAUAGAGCUUUAAACGAUGGAGUUAAUUUAAAGAAAUUAGGAUUCAGAAUUUUACAUGAGAUCAAUAAAAACAGUUAUAUCCCCGAAGUUUCCAUUGUUGGUACUACUAUCCAAGCAUACCAAUAUUUUUCUGGUAAAGAUACUUUCCCCAUUUCUGACUUGAUCCCGGUCUUACGAAAAGUGGUUAGAACAUUACUCAAUGAAAAUCAAGACAGUAGUGUCACCAAUAGUAAAAUAUUGGAAGACAUGGCAAUCUGUAAUGAUUCUGAAUUGACACAAUUAAUCAAACACCAAAUUUUGUCAUUUUUCAGAUAUAUUAAAGUCAACCGGAAAACUGAUUUCAUCAAAAUUGAAUCUCCAAUCGAAUUAUUAUACUAUAAGAAUUUGACUAUUCAUUUGAUUAUUAAAAGAUGUUUAGUAAUGUUCAUUUUGGAUUUGUUAGACGGUUGUACCAAUUGUAACCAUCGAGUAAUUGGAAAAUUGUUCUAUAUUCUAAUUGGGUUCCUUAAGAAUGAGUUUUUAUUUGAUUAUGAUGAAAACCCAAGAAAUGAAUUAUCAUUUAUAUUGAAUGAUUUAGUCGAUUUACAAGUUAUUUCCAGAACAGAAUCAUCUGAAUACCACCACGAUUCAUUAUACAAGGUCAUUGAUCAUGAUUAUGUUAAAUUUUUCGCUAAUUUGGCUGAACCAUUCUUGGAAUCCUACGUGGUUUUGAUUUCUAAUAUAUUGGAAUUAACUAAUAAUUUGGCCAAUGAUUAUUCUCGUAAACGGCAACAACAAACCCAUAAUAAGAUCAUUCUUGAUGAUGAUGAAUUGAAAUACCCAACAACAAAAGGGUUAUUGAAAUUUAUUAUUGAUCAAUCAAGAAAGAAACAACUGUUUGUGUCUCUUGAAUCAAUCAAUAAACAAUAUUUGGUCAGUGAUUUAUAUUAUUUGAAUAAUUUACAAUUGAUUAAAAUCUUCAAAAAUAAAGCUAAAACUAAAGCAUUUGUUCAAAUAUUGAAUAUUCGGGAUUUGAAAGUAUUAAAUCAAUUUUUAGAUCAAAUAUUACAAAAAAAUACUCAGAAAAAGACGUUAUUAACAAACGAAACCAAUGUUAAUUACAUCAUUGACAUUGUUGAUAAACAUUUUGACAGAGACUAUGAUGAUUUGAGAUUACCAAGCAAACUUUAG